GCCAUGCAGCCUGGCAGGCUCUCUCCAGCCGCUCGUACCAAUCUGCCAAUCUGCCAACCAGGCCUGGUCAUGGACAUCUGGACCCACCCUACACCAGCUGUGAAUUCGGUCACCCAAUCUUGAAAUAGAUCUAUCUGCCCCCAUGUGCCAGCGACCUACCCAUGGCCUGACCUAGGCCCUUACACUCAAUCUGACUUGUCUAAUCUCACACAUGAUACCGGCGUUUUUGCAGCUGCAAAAGAGGUCCUCCAAGGGGCUGGAUAAGGCCAUCUAGAUUUACCCGAGGAGGCGUGUUUGGCCCUGUCUGUCCAGGCAAAUUGUGCAGCUUGACAACUUGACUGCUUGUACCAGAAACUGUAGCCCCAGCCCCAGCCUCAGGAUGAAGGCCAUACUACAGCGAGUGCUUUCAGCAUCUGUCACUGUGGAAAAGGAGCUUGUCUCCUCGAUAGGCAAGGGCGUUCUGGUCUUUGCUGCUGUGGCGCCAGGGGACACAGAAAAAGAGGCCGACAGCCUUGCAGCUAAGGUCAUCAAGCUGAAAUUGUGGGACGAUGAAAAUGGAGGAAGGUGGAAGAAGAACGUACAAGACAUUGGAGGCGAGGUCCUUUGCGUCUCUCAGUUUACCUUGCUCGCCUCCACCAAGAAAGGCAAUAAACCAAGCUUCCACCAAGCCCUAGCGCCGGAUGAGGCAAAACGGCUGUACCACUACUUUCUCAGCAAGGUAAAGGAGGGUUACUCGGCAGAAAAAGUGAAAGAUGGGGUCUUUCAAGCCAUGAUGGAAGUUGCACUAGUAAAUGAUGGGCCGGUAACAUUGGAACUCACAGCUGGAAGGCAACAGGAAGUAGGGGAACCAGCCAAGCCAGGCAGCAUCUAAUGGCCACGGGCCUCUCAUUGAACACCGAUCCACGCCCAGACUCAUUCUAGGCCUGUCCAGCCCUGGGCUUGCCUCCUUGUUUUCCUACUUGAGCCAAAGGAUUGGAGUGCUGGUGAAAGUAUUUUUCCACCAGGCCUCAUGGUUUUGAGCUCACUAUAUUCAUCUUUAGAAAACCUUAGAGUCUAGAUCAUGAAGACUGUCUUCAGUGAUUCUCCACGGGAAGUUAGAAUUCCAACACGAGGACACCUUUUCCUGUUUAAGUGACGACUGUCUUCGCAUUCUAGUAAGUACCUAAGUACCCUACAACAUACCCUGCAGGCAGCUUGAAUCCAAGGGGGAACCUGCAAUGGUGUGGGUGUAACAACUACUGGAUUCCAAGUUUGGGCGACUUGGAAUUGUGGCCUGUUGGCUGGGGCGUCUGUCGUGCAGUAGUCUACCGAUCUGUCUCAAAAUUUUGUUUAUACUUUAGUAAUGAGUUCAGCACAAAAUCCAUUUCUAUGAGAAGUAAAGGACAUUGGAGCAGAAGACAGUAAAGUUCUUUCAACAUACACAGAUGUGUCUUGUAGGAAUAAGAGCUGAGCCCAAUGCAUGCACUGAGGGCUUGGAAUGGUCUGAUUG